GAUCUCUCUCACAUGUAGAACGAAACCGUCUCAGACGCUUGCACUCGAAAUCACAGAAUUCCAGUUUGUCUCGCAAAACCAACGGGAAUCCCCAAAAGCGGUGACGUUCUGUCGCAGACGUUCUCGGCUUAGUAUUCCGUCAAAUAUGCUACUAUUCGGUUCGGUAACUUUGUUGAUUGUAGGACUAUUUUCGGAAACGAAUGCCGCCAGCAGUUGUGGCCAGAAGAAAGCAAUCGCUCAACAGUUCAUAGCCCAUGGGUACCGAACACUGGCGGGUUCGUGGCCUUGGCAUGGGGCAAUGUUUAUCCGGAUGCAGCGAUCUUCUGCCUAUGCAUGUGGCGUAACAAUUCUGACCGAACAGUUUGUUAUUACGGCAGCGCAUUGCACAAUUGAUCCAACCGAGAGACAAAGACUUCCGGCUAGUCGAGUUUUCAUCAAGAUCGGAGUAUCGAACCUCGAUGCUCCGGAAAAACAUGCCCAACAGCACGAUGUGGACAAAAUCAUACGACACGAGGGAUAUGACGAUGUUUCCUUCGAGGAUGAUAUCGCGUUAAUGAAACUCUACACGGAGAUUACAUACUCGAACCGCGUACAACCGAUUUGCUUGUGGCACGGAGAUAAAUCGUUACAAAAGAUUGUCAAUCAGAUUGGAUAUAUUGCCGGUUGGGGGUUGGACGAGAACUAUGGCUUGCCGAAGGAUUUAAACGAAGCGACAAUGCCGAUAGUGUCCAGAAAGGACUGCAUCGACAGUGAUCCCGAUCAUUAUUCGAAGGUUAUGCACGGGACGAAGACAUUCUGUGCGGGGUACAGGAACGGAACUUCUGCUGGACCUGGUGACAGCGGUGGUGGCAUGUUCCUACGAAUCGGUAAUCACUGGGUACUGCGGGGAAUUGUCAGUAAUGGCAAAACGGAUCCGAAUACAUUGAAAAUCGUUAGUUCCAGUUAUCUGGUACUUAUGGAUGCUGCCUAUUAUAUCGAUUGGAUUCGGUCGCAUGUCACCAUCAUGACGACGAUCGACAUUGAUGAGGAACCAGUUGAAGUCCCCGUGCCAAGUAGCCCGUCAGGAGGGCAAGAAAAUCUUCUGGGGAUUGGAACAUGCGGAACAGAUGCUUAUCCUUUGGGUACACCGGAGGAACUGAAAGGAUCUCUUCAUCAAUACCCUUGGUUGGCGGUGAUUGAACAUUUGAAUAUAAAUAAUCGUGUUCUGGAAGACGUUUGUCACGGGGUGUUGAUUCAUCCGAGAUUCCUCGUCACGGCAGCACAUUGCGUACAACGGAGACGAUUGUCCACAAUACGCUCAGUUCGACUCAACGACUAUCGUCUUGAUACGGUGAAUGAUAUUUUUGAAAUCGAUGGAAAAACAAUCAGAACAACUUCCGAGCGGAUCCCCGUUGUGGGUGUUUCGGUACAUAACGAUUACAACAAUCCAAAGUUUGCAAACAACAUCGCCCUUGUAAAACUGGAUACACCAACCGACAUGACCCCCAUCUGCCUUCCGACAAAGGGCGCUUUACUUCCGGCAAACAAAUUACUGAGCAUUGUCGGGUGGAAGAAGAAUGACCGACCGGAGAAGCAUCUGAUCCGAAAUGUAGUUCAGAUAACCGAUUUUAAUUCUUGUAAGAGAAAAUACACCGAAACUAAGAUUGAUCUAGAUAGCACCGGAGGUCAGGUUUGCAGUACCUACAAUCAUGCAGACGAUGAUGAUCACUGUUCGCACUACAUGGGCGCCGCUCCCUUCCAGUAUGUGAGAAACGGUCCGCGGGAAGGACGAUAUUUUCUGGCUGCGAUUUCCAGCUUUGGACAUGCAAACUGCAAACGAGAAGAUUUCCCCGACGUGUUCACCAAUGUGGUCCACUACAGCGAUUGGAUCUACGAUAAGGUGAAGCAAAAUGAGUGAACAUCGAUACGACAAUUCUA